AUGUAUUCCUCGGCGUCCGCCGAAUUCUCCCAAGGCGGCUCGUCCAACGCGUCAGGGGAUGCAAAGGGGCCGCACGCACUUCUCACCAACACGGAGUUUGCCCUGCUUGUGGUUUUCUGUGGUGUCUGCCACUACUUUGCCCUCAUUAUCUCCGCCCUCACGGUGGGGGAGUCAACGAGUACGCUGGCCCUGCCGUUUGUUGUGGGGAGGAGAUUCUUGGCAAGUUGCGUGGCAGCCGUCAGGAGGUUCGUGCAGCGGCGGCGGGAGCGCGUGUUCGUCGGUGUUGGCUACGAAGACGACGACGCGAGCAUCGACCGCUUCGACGCCAUGAAUCAACCGGCGAAGGCCGGCUUUGAGUGA